GGUUCACCGGUGUCGUUACCUCCCUCCUUAUUGACUCCCGUGAUUGCAGGACGCCUAAGUUUUUCAAACUGAUGUCUAUUUGCUGAAGGUGUGCGUUGGUGUUACAGGCAUCAUUUGUUUACUUUCUCUGACAGCAACACGGCUGUUAGCUGUCAUAAAUAACAGACGGGCGUCCGUCUGUUGAGAAAAGUCCAAAAGCUACUCCACGGAUUUAUUUUUUCCUAACUGGGACCCGGAAGCAGAAGUACGAUGUCAAAGAUUCUCUACUGACCGUAAGAAUAUACUGUACUAUGUGUAUUUCGAAUAUACAGUUGUACUCCACCGUCGCUCUAAAGAAAGCUUCAUUAUGAUAACUCUGUAGGCUGGAAAACAUUUUUCUAAACAACCGGAACUCAGUAGCCGAACCAGGAAGACGCGAAGAAUGCAUCGUCUCUAUGUUGAUAAACAAUCUCUAGUGGAGUUGCGUUCUGUUUGUUUGUGUCUGAAGUUGUAAAAAAGAGAGCCGUGUAAAUGGGAAGUUAGACCUCGGUGAUGGAAGAUGAACCCAUCUGUCUGAUUUUGUGUAAGGAAAAAAUGCCUAGCCUUGUGAGCAGUUACGACGGGGAUUCUAUCAGCAAUGUGUCCGAACUGUCAGACGAAGUUGGAACACAAAGCACAGAUUUUGCCCAUGACAACAGAGAGACAAAAGUUAUUAUAUCUGACACGGUUCUGGAGUUUCACAAAGAUAGGCUGGAAAGGACUGGUAGCAAAGAAAAUGCCGAAAGGGACAUCGUUAGAAAACCAACAGCUGUGGACAUUUUAAGAAGAAAUUUCGGGACACCCAGACCUCUGACUAAUGUUGACAGCAACCUCGCGGAAGAACAGAGAGACAAUCAGGAUGUCUCGGUGGGUACAGAUCUUAAAAAGCCAGCGGACAGUCAGGAGAGAGGAAAGUCCAUGGCGAGUGAAUCGGAACACUGUGUUUGCAUUGGAAAUGAGCAAGUCGACUCGGAACACAAAUCGGGAUUAACGGCAUCCGAUUUGGAUGAAGUGGAAUUAAGUGAGCCGGAGGAAAACCGCGAGACCAAAUCAGGAGGUGGAGACGACAUUUACCUGUCUAAGGAACAUGUUUACUGCACUGUAUACUGUAUCGCAAACGAUAACUACAGGAGACAAGCCGAUAAUUUGGGAGGCCAAGUAGACUUCGAUGGAGGGGUAAUGACAACAGACGUCGCAAUCCAGCCAGUCAAGGAUUUGCGGCAGCAGGCUGACUUGGAGCUGGGCCACUACCCGGAACCUUUCACCCUAACGAACCUGAUUGAUUCCCGGACGUUGAGCAACUUUUAUAACGGGGAAUACAGUGUGUCAGUUGUCUUAACUUGUCGCAUCUGUCUGGAGGACAAAAAUAUCAAGCCGUUACAUUGUUGUAAAAAGCCUGUGUGCGAGGAAUGUCUGAAAAGAUACAUCAGCUCACAGGUGCGCACGGGCAAGGUGGACAUCGUGUGCCCCAUAACGGAGUGCAGCGGGCACCUGGAGGAGAACAUCAUCGUGAGCCACCUGGCUAGCGAGGAGGUGGCCAAGUACAGGUACUUCCUGGAGCUGGGCCGCAUCGACUCCAGCACCAAGCCCUGUCCCCAGUGCAGCCUCUUCACCUCGCUGAAGACCAGGAACCUGCAGACGCCCAGCAAGGCUGAGCAAAAGUAUAAGGUCCAGUGCACCAAGUGCCAAUUCGUGUGGUGCUUCAAGUGCCACGCCCCGUGGCACGAAGGCCUGAAGUGCAGGGACUACAGGCGCGGUGACAAGCUGCUCAGACACUGGGCCAGCGUCAUCGAGCACGGCCAGAGGAACGCCCAGAAGUGCCCCCGGUGCAAGAUCCACAUCCAGAGGACGGAGGGCUGCGAUCACAUGACCUGCACCCAGUGCAACACCAACUUCUGCUACCGCUGCGGGGAGAAGUACAGGCACCUGCGCUUCUUCGGCGACCACACCUCCAACCUCAGCGUUUUCGGCUGCAAGUUCCGCUACCUGCCGGACAAGCCCCACCUGCGCAGGCUGGUGCGGGGGUCUGUCUGCGCAAGUAAAGUUUUAGUGGCGCCCCUGGUGAUUGUCCUUGUGGUGGCGUUUGGAGCCGUAGCCCUGGUCAUAGGCCUCGUAGCUUUCCCCGUCUACUAUGUCUGCAAAAGGAGGAAGAAGCACUCUCAGGGGACCAGACACUCGCUGUGGUGAAGGAGCAGGCCCGGGGUGGAGCCAGAGGAACCGGGAGGGAACCGUAGCCACCAAAUACUUCCCCGCCCAGGAACCAGGGAGCUUCCACGACCACCGCCCUCUCUCACUCGCUGACCACAAGUCCAAUUAUUUACCCACCGGACACGCCCGCCCCCGACCACGUCGCCUCAUUCUGGUCCAGCGACCGUGCGGUCGAGCUCCGAUGCGAGGCGGCGGUCUCGUUCUCCGGUGGCGGUGUUCUCGGUCGUACACGAGGACGCGGCCCGUUCGGUUUAACGUAAUUCAAUUCAGGAAAUGGAGCGCUGUUUGGGUCGUGACUCGGAACAGGCCCUUAAUGUCGCAUGAGUAUUUUCUUCCUGUGCGCUUCCUGAAUUGACUGCGCAUUUCCUGAAUUGACAGCUCUGGAUGUUUGCGAUUAUUCACAGAUAAAGAAUUCCAAAUGCAUGACGUCUGUGAGAAUCAAACCUUAUCGGCUUGUGGGCAAAAAGGAUGUAGCCUGAUUGCAGAUGGUGAACGUUCAAAUGAAUAAGGGUAUUUCAGCAGGGGAUACUUCAUCCUAGCAGGAGUCUCAAAGGAAUGCUGUUUUGUUGUUUUCCAUGCCUGAGAUGGGUUGUAUGUAGUGAAGGAGAGUGGAGAGAGUGGGUGUAGUAUUUAUCUGUUUUUACUGUGCUGUCAUGAAGCAGAAUGUCUGAUAUGGCCGGUCACAUGAAUAUUUUUAUUUGGGCUUUCCUACUCAAACCCCAUCAUUGUGCCAACUCCCCCCCUCCCUGGCAGUAGCACCCUUGCCACGGUUAAUGUAAAAGCCAUUUUGCCAUGGAAGUUGAGAAUUGAGAAAAUAAUUACAAGCAUUAGCUCUUGGUGUCGGUAAACAUUGUUGAUAAAUUUUGACAAAUGCAGCCAAAGCAGUUACCUGCAAUGGUAUUUCCCAGGUAAAAACAUUUUAGUUAUUUAAAAAAAAAAAAUUUUGGUCAAUAAGCGGGUUAUACUCAGGGAUUUUAUGGAUUGAUAUGCACCUGUUCCUGAAAAAAAAAAAAACGAUAACAUUUUCCCAUUGCUGUAUCUAGAGGUUAACUUCUAGAGAAGUGGUUUGGCACCGACGGAAAGGCGUGACAUGGUGGCCACCUGAAAACAAGGCCCGUGAGAUUGUUCCUCCUCCAGAAAAGACUGCUUUUUCCAGGCGAUAUCAGGUGGAAACACAAAACAUGUUGGAAACACAAAUAACUGAACUUAUUUAUUCUUUAAAAAUCAUCUACUUGGACAUUUUACUUGUUGCAUUUCAUCCUCAUAUGGGUCAAUUUUAAAUGUAAUGUCUUCUCACUGUAAUUACUGAAAGCAUUAUCCUUUGGCUUCUGCAUAUAGCCUACACUGGAAAAAAAAAAAACAGUGAUCAACCAUCUUCACUCUGACGAAGGAAACACUAUAGAUAGUUACUUAUUUUAGGAGCUUUUUAAAGUCUUUGUGAGACUUCUGGGUAGAGGAUUUGUUUGAAAUGGGUGAUAGUGUCAAAUUUGCUGCGUUACACUGCAUGAAACAUUGACUUUCCCAUAGUCUUCCAUACUAUAAACCUGUGAUGCAACUUAAGCAACUGAAAUGUAUCAUUUACUAUUUCUACGUGCGAGUAUCUUUUCUGUCCUGUUUACACAAUUCCUCAUUUCGCUACUGCCACAUCAGAGAUUUCGGUUCCAAUCAAACGUUUCUUCAAAAAUCAAGCACCGAUAUUUAGCAGGUUUAUGGCCUUUAUCGCCUUGUAAAAAAUAAUAUUUUCCUUGUGUAAUGCCGUGUGCAAGAGAACUGCCCAUUUUCUAGAAAGAGCUGUAUCACAAGCUGACGUCCGCACAUCGUUCUCGUGGGUGAUCAUCAAAGGUAGUACAUUUGCAUACUGUAACACACAUAUUCAGUUACUGCUGGCUAACAUUCAGAAAAAAACACAUCAAUUGUAUCUCAAGUGACAAUCAGAAACUUUCUUAUUUCAUAGUUGCUUUUGGGCAAACUCUUUCGAGUAUUGCAGAUAUUAUUACAAUGUUAUUUUAUUUCCAGCAUAUAAUCAUGACUGGAUUGAUCAAUGUUUGACCUUAACCUUAGCACAAUAUAUGCAGGCAUUCAUUUUUUGACAAACAUAGUUUGGUGAGUUUGGAAAUGAACGGAAAGUGAUUUGAGAAAGAGAUUGUGCCAUCUAUAAUUCAAGGCCAUUGUUUUAUAAUGGAAACGCUGAAAUGGGAGGGGUUUAUUGGGGGAAGCAGUGUCAGCACUUUUUCCCUUUCGGACUAUAGGCCUAUACACGGUUUUAUUUCAAUCGAGAACAUGAUUGCCAAUUGAAAAGUUUUAACUUUUGUAACUGUUCUCAGGGAAUGUUGUAGCUGUACGUUCUGUUUCACAUUGCUCUGGUUCUCCUUGGAUUUGAGACGGAAUUAGAAUUUACGACGAAUUCAGGUUUUUCAAUAUCUGUUCUGUCUCCAAGUCACUUUAUUCAGAGUUUAAAAUCUACUUCCUAAAUGUGUUUAUUUACAUUUAGUCAGGGGGGCUGCAGGGGGGUGAUACUAUUUAAGCAGUUUAUUUUCAGUUGACCGAAAAUUGGUCGACUGGAUACGAAACUUUACAAUGGAAAAUGCAGUGUUUUGCCGUUUACAGCUUUGCUUUCGGAUAUGUUACCAUGGUUUUUCAGCUGACUCGCUGUGUCCAGGUCAGCGGAGGCAAACCAGCUGUGUUGAAUUAUACGCUAGAAGUACUGCACGUGCCAUUGUGGCCUGGUUACAGAGAUGCGCUGGUGCCUUUUUCAAAGACAAUUAACGGGAUUUACUUUUGUGUUGCUAUAACACCUGUACUUUUAACUGUCGAGAGAAUUUGAUCUCUAGUUUAAAAUGUAGCACAAUUAAAACAGUCGGUUCCUACAAAUCUACUUGCGGUGGUCGGAUACACCGUAGUAGAUGUACGAAUUGGUUCUCUACACAUUCUACUACUGUAUUGUACGUGACAUAACAUCAGUACAAUGUAUGUUACUACCACCCGAUGUUGAGGUGUGUAUUCGUAUGUAUGCGUGUUCAUUUUUUAAAUGGCUCGGUGUAUGUACUCUGCCGUUACUGUUGUAUGUGGUUCUUCAGUGCUGCUGCACUUUACCCUCAUGGAGUUCAUGUAACAUUUUGCAAACCGCAACUACGUGUUGGUCAUGUGUAAUUGCGGACUCAAGUUCAUUAAACAUGGCUGGCUGAAAAGCUAA